CCGUUAAAGCGGAAGAUAGUUUAGGUUAAUAUCAUUUCAUCUGGGAAUGUGAAGUAUCGUGACCUCGUGCGUUUUGCAUGAGAAAGUUUUGCAAAAUACAACAAAGAGUGAAUAAAAAACAAUAUACUUUAAGAUACUUUAAAAUACAUUGAGAAACAAUUAGUAAUCAUGGGUAAAAAGCAAACCGAGUUUAACCAGAGUAAGGAGGAACGAAUGAUGAUGACAAUUGGCGAAAUCAUACAGGAAUUGUUAAAAGCACAUCACGAAAAUCGGGAUAUUGACUUGAACAAGUUAAAAACACAAAUUUCUUCCAAAUAUGGCUUGAAUUCUUCUCCGAAAUUGGUUGAUAUUAUUGCAGCUGUGCCCAGUGAUGUAAAGCAUAUUCUUGUACCAAAAUUAAAGGCCAAACCUAUCCGGACUGCUAGUGGGAUUGCAGUUGUAGCAGUUAUGUGCAAACCACACAGAUGUCCACAUAUUAAUAUGACAGGAAAUAUCUGCGUUUAUUGUCCCGGAGGACCGGAUUCUGACUUUGAAUAUUCUACACAGUCUUAUACGGGAUUCGAACCUACAUCGAUGAGGGCAAUACGUGCGAGAUAUGAUCCAAAAGCACAAACUCAGCAUCGUAUUCAACAGUUACAACAAUUGGGGCAUAGCGUCGACAAAGUGGAAUUUAUUGUUAUGGGAGGUACCUUCAUGUCUUUGCCAGACGACUACAGAGAUUAUUUCAUACGGAAUUUGCACGAUGCACUGUCUGGCCACGAGAGCCGUAAUGUUGAUGAAGCAGUCAAGUCAUCUGAAAAGAGUUCUAUAAAAUGUAUUGGUAUUACUAUCGAGACUCGGCCUGACUAUUGUCUCAAAAAGCAUCUUUCAGAUAUGUUACGUUACGGGUGCACGCGUUUAGAAAUUGGUGUGCAAUCUAUAUACGAAGAUGUAGCACGUGAUACUAAUAGGGGACACACAGUACGUGCUGUAUGUGAGAGUUUUCAGCUAGCAAAAGAUGCUGGAUUCAAAGUGAUAGCUCACAUGAUGCCCGAUUUGCCAAAUGUAGACAUUGAACGAGACAUUUAUCAAUUUCAGGAAUUUUUCAAUAACCCUGCAUUUCGAACAGACGGCUUAAAAAUUUAUCCAACUUUAGUUAUACGCGGCACUGGUUUGUACGAGUUGUGGAAAAGUGGCAGAUAUAAAAGCUACGAGCCGAGCGUGCUUGUUGAUCUUAUAGCUCGCAUUCUGGCGUUGGUACCACCGUGGACACGUGUCUAUCGCGUACAACGUGACAUACCCAUGCCGUUAGUGAGUUCUGGCGUGGAACACGGGAACUUACGCGAGUUAGCACUAGCCAGAAUGAAGGAUCUGGGUUUGGAGUGCCGUGAUGUCCGUACGCGUGAAGUAGGAAUCCAAGAAAUACAUAACAAAGUAAAGCCACACGAAGUCGAGCUGGUACGACGUGAUUAUGUUGCUAACGGAGGAUGGGAAACAUUCUUAUCCUACGAAGAUCCUGCGCAGGAUAUUCUAAUCGGCCUACUUAGAUUGAGGAAGUGCUCCGACAACACGUUCAGACCAGAAUUAAAGGAAGAAACUUCGAUCGUAAGAGAGCUUCACGUUUAUGGCAGUGUAGUGCCCAUUAGCGCUCGUGAUACCACAAAGUUUCAACAUCAAGGAUAUGGUAUGCUACUGAUGGAGGAAGCUGAACGCAUUGCAAAGGAAGAACAUUAUUCUCGAAAAAUAUCUGUGAUUUCAGGUGUUGGGACACGUAACUAUUACAGAAAAUUAGGCUACGAACUUGAUGGUCCAUACAUGUCUAAAAUGCUUAUAUAAUGAAGCAGAUUUUUGAGACAAUUUUGUUAAAUAAGUUCCAGUGGACAAAACGAAUCUUCUACAUUUUUCAAAUGUAGAAAUAUAUUAAGAUCUUAAGUUUUUGAAAAUUUUUAAUAUUGACUUGUUUUAGAAAAACUUAAUAAAUGAAUUAUAUAUCACUCUAUAGUGUUAAUUGCGUUUAAAUAAAUUGCUGAAUAAAAAAUUCUUUGUAGAAAAAUUAAUAAAACGAAAUGACAAAAUG